AUGAUCAAUUCAUCAAUAUCAGCAUUGCAAAACCAAACUCAGUUGUGCAAUUUUGUCAAUAAUCCAGAUACAGAUUUAAAUCAGUGUGAAAAAAAUUGUUUAGAGAAUGCAGUAUGUUAUACAGUUUCACAUAAGCACCAAAAUAACGUAUGUCAGCAGUACAAGUAUGAUGAUAAGGAAUCGUGUGAUUUAACAGCAAGACGACCUCUGCCAAUUUCCAAAUACAAAAGUAUUUUUCUAUACACCAGUGCUGGGUAUCCCCCAUCAGAGGACGUGCCUCUCGAUCAAUGGUGUCCAGAAGUGAAUCAGAAAGAUAUUCAAGAGAAGAUCGCUAAUAUGCAGAAAAAUUUAACUAUCAAUCGAAAAGAAACAAAUCAGUACACGCGCACUUUGACUAGUGCCCCGGAUGAGAGGACCUCUUCAAAGAAUAUCGGAGUCCUUGGGGCGUUUGUAAUUGGUGCAGUGGGAAGUAUUUUUCUCCUCUCCGACUGCAUAAAUAUUAUCAUUUGGAUACAAAAUAAUCGUGUACACGCCAGAAAUAUUUGACUUUUUCAAGGAAAACUGGAUGUAGAGCAUAAACAUGAAAAAAGGCAACAUCAUUUUAGACGAUAUGUUGUCGACAAUACUUAGAUUGCAUUGUCUGCUUACGAUAAAUGUAAC